GUUCCUGCUCUGGCCAAAGACUGACCUCUAACCCUAACUCAAGACAGAGCCCUGAUCCCAACUACAGAUUCCUCUAAAUGAUGCUGAGAUGAACCCACAGGUCUCCGAAAACAGAAUUCAUCUUAAAAAAUUUGAAAGGCCAGUGGACUUCCUUAAAAUGGUCAAAUGGAGCCCCCUAGACACACUGGCUUAUGGAAACCUACAGCUACAAAGACUUGAGCUGUAGUCCCUGUCAAAGCCCGUAGCAAGCUGACUCAUCCCCUUCCUGAUGAAGGAAAACCUGCUCCAGGAACAGUUCUGUUCCAAAGCGGCACCCUGAGCUUACCCCAAUAUGUGAAAGAGUAUCUGGAAGAAGAUUGGUGGACCAGGCAGUUAACUUGACCCAGGGUCAAGACACAGGGAACGGUGUUUUGCAGAUGGAGUCGGCAAUUUUGGAGGUGAUGUUGAUUGUGGUGAUGGGUGAGUGGUCCUGGAGGUGGAGAUGCAGACUCUGAUGAUGAUAACAAAUGGAGAUAGAGCUAUAGGUGAAUGUUCCUAAACCCUGCAGCAGCCACAUACCCAUGUGGGUCUUUCAACUUUUCUUUUCUCUCGUUGUUUUUCUUUCAUGAGCCUGGAACUUUUUACGAGGAAUUUCAUAACAAUCCAAAAAACAAAUCUCCUUUUAGCAUCUCCAAGUUGGAGGAACAGUUACCUUCUACCCAUCAGUAUGGCUGCACAGCAGAGCUGAAGGCUUCCCCAUUAGACACUCAGUCUAAUAUACCUGCUCACUCCCAGAAGUUCAAGGGAGUUCUGAGGGAAGGAUGGAUGGACCCUCUCAGAGCUCCAAUUCCCCACUCCUUCCUGAUACUUCUGCCACCUGACCCCAUGUUCAUUUCUCAAGGAGGGUAGCACCAUAGGUGUGUCAGUCAGGACACUUCUUUAUUAGUAGGCUGCCCUUUGCCACACAAACCAUUUAGCAUCCUACAUGGUUAGCAUUCAAGACCCUUCAUCUUCACCCUGGUUCUAAAUACUAGUGGCAUUGCCCCGUCACUGUGACAUUCAAAACACCCCCACACAUUUCCAGCAUUUCCCACUCUUUACCCCUUUGAGAACUAUUUUGAGAGAUUGUCCAUGCAAGACUUGCAAAGAGAAUGGCCUCAAACCCGUUUAGCCAACAUUAUCCUACACCCCCCACCACCACCACAUGCAGGUAACAGAAAGUGAGGACUUUAGAAAGUGAAAAUCUCUGAGGAUACCUUUGGGGGCAUCCAAGAAAGGCAGGUAGGAAGGGAAUCUUCCUGUCACCUCAAUCAAAUAAAAGAAACCUGAAAUACUCUUUGGAGAUCUUGGAAAGUUUCCCAUGAAAUUGGGUGACUCAGGGAUGGGGAGCUGACUGCACAGAGACACAUCCCAGAGUGAGGUGUAGGAAGAACACUAGACUUUGGGGAAUAAGGUGCUCGAAGAAGCAUGGUGUGAUAAGCAGUUGGAAGGUGAGCAGGACCAAGUUAUGGCCAUGAAUGCCAUCCCAAGAGAUUGAAUUUAUUCUUGGAGGAUGCAAAUCCAGAGAAGAGCUUAGAGCAAGGAAUGUUAAGCAGGAUCACUUGGGCUGCAGGAUUGGAGGAUAUACUGGAGGCAGGGAGAUCAGCUGGGAACCGACUGAAACAGUCCAGAGGACAGAUGUUGAAAGGGUGAGCAGUGGCCAUAGAUAGAAAAGGACAGGUCUGGAUCUGAGAAGAAAAUAAGACAAAUGAAUGGGAACCAUUUUUGAAAACUCCAAGGGCAGGACCCCUACAAGAAGUUUUUGUUGUUUUUUACCAUGUUUUUUAUAAAGAAGAAAAAUAGAGCUCUCUCUCUUCCCGCCACACAAGAUGCCGAAAGGUAAGAAGGCCAAGGGGAAGAAGGUGGCUCUGGCCCCCGCUGUUGUGAAGAAGCAGGAGGCCAAGAAAGUGGUGAAUCCCCUGUUUGAGAAAAUGCCUAAGAAUUUUGGCAUUGAACAGGACACCCAGCCCAAAAGAGACCUCACCCACUUUGUGAAAUGGCCCCACUAUAUCAGGUUGCAGCGGCAGAGAGCCAUCCUCUAUAAGUGGCUGAAAGUGCCCCCUGCAAUUAACCAGUUCACCCAGGCCCUGAACGGCCAAACAGCUACUCAGCUGCUUAAGCUGGCCCACAAGUGUAGACCAGAGACAAAGCAAGAGAAGAAGCAGAGGCUGUUGGCCUGGGCCGAGAAAAAAGCGGCUGGCAAAGGGGACGUCCCCACUAAGAGACCACCUGUCCUUCAGGCAGGAGUUAACACCGUCACCACCUUAGUGGAGAACAAGAAAGCUCAGCUGGUGGUGACUGCACACGACAUGGAUCCCAUUGAGCUGGCUGUCGUCUUGCCUGCCGUGUCGUAAAAUGGGAGUCCCUUACUGCAAUAUCAAGGGGAAAGCAAGACUGGGACAUCUAGACCACAGGAAGAGACCUGCACCACUGUCGCCUUCACACAGGUUAACUCAGAAGACAAAGGUGCUUUGGCUAAGCUGGUGGAAGCUAUCUGCACCAAUUACAAUGACAGAUAUGAUGAGAUCCACUGUCACUGGGGAGGCAAUGUCCUGGGUCCCAAGUCUGUGGCUCACAUCGCCAAGCUCGAAAAGGCAAAGGCUAAAGAACUUGCCACAAAACUGGGUUAAAUGUACACUGUUGAGUUUUCUGUAAACAAAAAUAAUUAAAACAAU